UUCCUUGAUAUUUCGUUAAACCACUUUAAACUUUUAGACUGUCACAAUGGAUAUUUACAUAAUAUUAUGAUACAUAUUUGUUGUUUGUUAUAUUUAAUUUAUCAAAAGAGUCAUUAAUUUAAGUCUACCGUUUGAAAUAUAUCAGUAAUUUCAAGAAUAUUGUGUAGACCGGUCAAAGAUGAACGAUACAAGACGCCGCUCAACCCUGACCUUGCCAGCAAUAGAAACGAUCCAGAGAAACGUCCGCCAAGUGCCUACGUCUUACAUAAGGAAGCCACGAGAUAUUCCGUUCCACUUACCGCACAGGAAAUUGUUGGAAAAGAUUGAGUUUGUGGAAAAGGAACCGGAACCUUUGACUGGCUUCGCUGCAGCGCAAGAAGAAAGAUACUUGAGAGAGAGAAGAAGUACUAAGAUUCAAUUAGAACCAAUAAAGCAUGAGGAAGUCAAGAAAAAGAAGGCAAUUAAGAUACGGGAGUCGCGGAGCAGCAUGGACGUGGAAAGGAAAGAAGAACAGACGGAGGACCCGCUGAAGUUGAAGCCCCAGGUGGCGUCGCAGAAGGAGGUGAUAGACCAAGUGCGCGCCAACCCCCAGUGCGGCUUCCUCUACAUGAUAUAUGCUGUUCAUCCACAGAAUGUAUACUUCACACCAUACUACUUGAAAGUUGUUAAGUACGACGAGCUAGAUAGGAAGAAUUAUUUCACAAUAAGCCCGUGUGGUGUGACGCACUACACCAACGAGAUGGUGUUUACCAAGCUCAAGGACUGGGAACAGGAGUACACUGUAUUCGUGCAGCUACACGAAAUAACAUUUUUUAAAGUAUACCGUUACUGGAAAGCGUUAUACGUGUGGCACAAGUCAGUCCGAUUCCGCAAGUACAGUCGGCUGCGCAACGUGCUGUCGCGCCAUCUUUUCAUACUGACCCCGCCGCUG